AUGUCUUCCAACGCAAGGGACGCACCAUCGACGGAUCCCGAGGUAUAUGACGAAUAUAGCAGCAAGUGGCAGCAGCAGCCUACAGAUGCUGCAGCAUGGCUACAGCGCGCCGUGGACGUUGCGAAAGUACUCGCCACUGACGCGGCUGUACGAGAGCGCGAGAACAAAUCACCGAGGGCCGAGAUUGCUCUUCUCAAGCAUUCGGGCCUGCUCAAGGCUCUCGGUCUGCCCAAGUACGGCGGUGGUGGCCAGCCAUGGUCUGUCGGCUACAAGAUCAUUCAAGAGGUUGCCAAGGGUGAUGGGUAA